AUGAUGGAGGUAGAUAGCGUCCAUUCCACAUUAGAAAAAAAGUUCAGAGGACCUAUUUAUUCUCCAUCUGAUUAUGUUUCUCGAAUGCAACAAGCAAGACCUUCACAGCCUUGCAGAGUUCAUCAUUUGGAUUAUACAUUUUUCUUAAAUUAUGACGCCGUUCCUGGUGGUUAUUCAAGUAUAAGACCGGGUAGAAAAACUGGCGAUGCUACAGUGACAGACGUAAGAGAACUAUUGUAUGUGGAUGGUGAAGUCAAAUAUAAAUUACGUCAUUCAGCUGGUUGGGCCAGUUACCACAGAGAAAACUAA